CACACAGUCACACACUAACUAGCCGGCGCUCAGACUGAGCAGAGCACAUUUCAGUUGCAGUUUUUAGCCCUGGACACACAGCUGAAGUCUAUUCCCCGUCUGGAUUACUGGAGCUACUGAGUGUGUCUGUGUGUGAGUGUCUGUAUGAAAGUUUAGUGUGUGUGUGAGUGUGUCUGUAUUUGCCAAAAUAUUUGUGUGAUUGUGUGUGUACUAGUGUUGCUUCUUCCUUGUUGUGGUUGGAACUGUGAGCAUCGGCGAGUGUCUUUGUGUAUGAAUGUGAGUAUGUGUGCCUCUGUGGGGCUAUUCUGUUUGAGUGAGUGUGUUGAAUAGAAAGUGUGUGUGUCUGUAAACAUAUGUGUCCUCCUCUUAUGGGCCUGGCAACGUUGGCCUCCUGUCGUGUGUGUGAGUGUGUGAGUGUGUGUGACUUUGGGAAAUGGGGGGUUGCCAGAGUUACUCUGGUUCGGCAGAGAGUGACGGGGCACACACAAUCGCCAACACUCAUGCGAUCAACCUCAACGACGUCAGCCUCCUCAAUCUGAAGAAUAAUAAUUGGCAGUCUCCUCUGUAUGGAGAUAAGAAGCCGUACCUGCGUCCGGAGUGUGUGAGCGAGAGAAUCACCCAGACCAGCACCGAGCUCUUCACAUUCAGCGCCUUGCCACACGGCAUAGACCUCAAUGAAUGGAUGGCCACAAACACUAUCUCAUUCUUCCAGCUGGUGACUCUCAUCUCCAGUGCUCUUUCUGAGCUCUGCACCUCCACGUCCUGCCCAACAGCCAGUGGACCUGGAGACAGGGUGUACUUUUGGAAAGAUGAGUCGGGAAGGAAAUUGAAGUGUUCCGCUCCUCUCUACACUGAUUACGCCCUGUCCUACAUCCAAGAACUACUGUCAGACGAGGACGUGUUUCCCGUCAGGGCAGAUGCUGAUUUCCCCAAUGGUUUCAUCUUCCUGGUGCAAAAGGUUUUCCUGCUGAUGUUCCGCACUCUGGCUCACCUGUACUCUGCCCACUACGCACAGCUGGUCGCCAUGGAGAUGCACCCGCACCUCAACACCGUCUUCACGCACCUGGUGCUCUUCUGCCAGAGCUUCAAGCUGCUGGAGCCGCAGGAGAUCGAACCACUGCAGGACCUCUUCACAGCGCUCACACACAGCUAGCACACACACACACACACACACACACACACACACACACACACAUACUCAGCUAAAACACAUGCAUAAACACGCACAGCUAACACAUACCCCCUUCCCCCGGCACACACACAGACACACACACACACGACGCCUUGACUGAAGAAUGGACAGGAUGUUACAAUUCCAGAUGACCUUUUUGUACUCUCCGAUCGGGUGAUUCUCUGGACCUUCUCUAUCUGUGCCGGUUUUUAUUUGAGAAACCUCAGGGUUGCAUUUUUGUGUGGACAAACAGAAAUGGAGACUUUUGAAAACGAGGACACAGGAACACAUGUCCACUUUCUGAUUGGGUCUUAGAAGUCACAUCUACUCCCCUGAUUCAGAACUCUCUUUUCAUGUGACCCUUUCCCAGAAGAAAGCAAGAGUGAUCUGUGUUUUCAGGCGUGUAGUAUGAAUGCAGAUAGUUUCAGGAACAAGGACGGGAAACACUGGUGUGGACAGAGAGAUCAUCACAGUGGUUUGAGAAGGCAUUAGUGUGGACACAGCCUUUAUCUGGAACCCUUGAGUCUAUUGUAGAAGUUUCCUUCAGCUCCUGACCUGGCUUAGCCUGACGUUGUCAUACUCACGAAUCUAGUCAGAAUGUGAGUCUGAUAUUGUGCCAUUGGGAUGUAAUUAUGGGGCGUGUUUCAAAUCUAAGACAACGAAGUAUGAAGCUAUUAUAGUAUGAAGGCUAUUUAGAAAACAUUUCCCCUCCUUCGUUUUUAAAAAUAAUUCCUUCAAACUGUAGGCUACUACAAACAUGAACAGCUGGGGAAGGGUGUCGCAAACCCAACAGACAUUUCAAACAAACGAGGGAACAAUAUCACGCAAACACGCUGUUUUACCUUGAUGAAAGUGAAUCUGGAGUUUUCCCACAUAUCCAAUCAGUGAUAAAACCUCCGUUUUCAUGUAAAUGAAAGGCCAAACUGCAUGGAAAUGAUAUGCAUAUAUAGCCCCAGUGUUUCUGUUACAAUCAAAAUCAACCUAAGCGUGCUCAGAUGACGUGAUAGAUGAAGCAACUGUUGCUCAUCUGUCCAUCAUCGUAUAAAGCCCACUCUGACAAUUUGAUUGGUCUGCACAGAUCUGUCGGUAUCUACCAGCUAGCAUAGUAGCGCCACAAUUUAGAGGAAUGCCAGACCGAACUUCCCGACCUCAAAUGUUGUGGGCAGGGCCAAAGUUCAGCUGCACCCAGGCUAGACCUGGCUAUGAUGACAGACAGACACAGCUCAGUCGGUUUUAUUUUAGGCGGUCAGUGUGAGACGCUAAAGAUGAACAUGGGUGUAUCAUGAAUGGAAUGUUUUGUACAAUACAUCAUUCAGAUAAAUCCACCCUAAAUGUGGAUAGGAAUCGUUUAUGUUUUUACUGCUUUUCAAACCACUCCGAGUCCUUCAUGAAGACAGAGGCCGCCGCAUCCAAGCUGACCUCAGUGGAAACACCAGUGCUGCUUUUGUCCUGUUGAGGAUGGGUUUUGGCCCGGAAAUCACAGCCUUGUUUGUGUUUAUCUGCACAGCAGACCCCUGCGUCCAGCACGGAACUCAUUCUGCAUUACUCUCUGGAGAGGAACCGCUUACUGAUGUGUCCCAACUGUGACCAAGUUCUGACACACACACACACACACACACACACACACACACACACACACACACACACACGCACACACACACAUAUGCACAUACACACACACACACACACACACACACCCACACACACCCACACACACAUACAGUAUGCACACACACACACACACACAUGCACUAAGAGGGGCAGGAACAGGAGCAUAUAUUCACAGAACCUGUUCAUCCAGGAGGAAAAGUGCCUUGCUUUCACAAAUAUACAUCCCUGUCCAAACGUUCUCUCUCUUUCCCAUACACAUACGCAUACAAACACACAUAUUCAGGCAAACAAUAAGAUCCUGGACCUCUAUUUACACUAUGAUACCUUGCGUAGCCAGUUUAAACACCAGCAUAGGAAUCACUUAAUAGUGAACACACACACACACACACACACACACACACACACACACACACACACACACACACACACACACACACACACACACACACACACACACACACACAGGCACACACAGUAAAUAUAGAUAUACGUAUUUAUUCUUCUCUCUCCAUGUCUUGUAUUUCAUGUGUAAAUAAAGAUGCUGUUUAAAUACAA